CUGUCAAGAUACCGUCCACUAGCGAAGUCACAGAAGAACGGCUCCUUCUCCUUUAAAUAAGAGGGAGGCAGUUUCUGCUUGCGGUAGAAAUACAUGAAGUUACGUUCGUCCAAGUAUUUAUCGGCUAUACAGUGUUUUAUUAAGAAUCAUUGUAACGUAAUACGCGAGUUAGUGCUAGUAAUGUUAGCACUGUAACACUGUAACUUAAAAAGUCGCCGGUUGCUGAGAGUUACCGUUACUCAUCGGAUUUCAACGUGACUUUAACUAGUCGUUAUAAAAAAAAAUAUUCUGAAGUUAAAAAGGAUACCAAAAGAAAGCUUCAUCCGGCUCUUCUCUUGCUGAACGUCGGGUCGACGUAUUAUAUCGUUUUCUGUAGCUGACAGAUUGAUUGAAUGGAAGAAAGCCAAAUAUGGAACCGAGCCGAUCCGGGCCGGUCCACACCGUGUCGAGAAACAAGAGACAGCAGCACCCAGACUGACAGCAAAAUACAAGGUCAUGGCCCCAGGUUGUCAAAGGUAAACCUCUUCACCUUGCUGAGUUUAUGGAUGGAGUUAUUCCCUCAGGAGCAAACAGAGGAGGAUGGUGGUAAUCAGCUCCAUGGGAUGGGUCUGGUGGUGGUGCGGGAAAGCAAAGUGGUGGGACUUCAUUGUUCAGGAGCUGAGCUCCACGCUGGACAGGCAGCCAUCAUCCAACAUGGUGCUCGCCUGGCUGACUGUCAACUGUACUUCUCGAGGAGACCCUGCGCUACUUGCCUGAAGAUGAUCAUUAACGCUGGAGUCAGUCAGAUCUCCUUCUGGCCCAGGGACCCUGAGAUCAGCAUUCUGAAGUCCACCUCUAUGAACAAUCCCAGCUACUGCGGUCCAGCUCACUUCAUCUCAGAGGAAGCUUUACUAGACGCUGUAGCAGUAGAGAAGCUCAAGUCCAACAGCCGUCCUCACAUCUGCAUGCUGCUGCAGCCGCUGGCACCCGGCCUGGCACAGUUUGUCACCGAGACGUCCAGAAAUUGUGACUUCACAGAGAGGAUCACUGAUGACGACCCAAAGCAAAACACAGAGGAGCUUUUCAACAGAGAACGAAUGAGAUGCCUGAAGGAUUUCUCCAGACAGUUCCUGGUUCGUAAGUCCCAGCUGCAUCAGGAGAUUUUGAAGCACAUGGGCCUGGAGAAUUUUUGUGUGGAGCCUUACUUCUCCAGCCUGAGAAACAACAUGAGGGAGCUUGUGGAAGUUUUAGCUGCAGUGGCUGCCGGGGUGCCACAGCAACACUACGGCUUCUACAGGGAAGAGUCGUCAGUGCCACUGCCCCCUUGUCAUGAAGAUGUGCCCCAAGAAGUGGCUCGGCACUGCAUGAUCCAGGCCAGGCUACUGGCCUACAGGACAGAGGAUCCUAAAGUGGGUGUGGGCACUGUGAUCUGGGCCAAAGGACAGUCGGCUGGCUGUAACGGAACAGGGUGUCUCUACCUGGUGGGCUGUGGGUACAACGCUUACCCCGCAGGUUCGCAGUACGCCGAGUACCCUCAGAUGGACGCCAAACAGGAGGAUCGCCAGAGACGUAAAUACAGAUACAUUAUCCACGCAGAGCAGAACGCCCUCACCUUCAGGACACGAGACAUCAAACCGGAUGAGCCAACCAUGCUUUUUGUAACCAAGUGUCCAUGUGAUGAGUGUGUCCCUCUGAUCAGAGGAGCCGGUAUCACACACAUAUACACCUCUGACCAGGACCGGGACAAAGAUAAGGGAGAUAUUUCCUACCUGCGAUUUGGCACCCUAAAGAACAUCAGCAAGUUCAUAUGGCAAAGAAGCCCUUCAGUGUCCUCAGCGCCACCUUUUCAUCUUGCCAACGGUUGUGUCGGAAAGCACAGCAGACAGACUGAGAGUGAGAGCCCCAGCAACAAGAAGCUGUGCACCAGCAUGUCCUGCGAAUCACCUGCUGUGAGCCGUCGAUAAAUCCACGUACCUAAAAAAAACACCCCCCACAGAGGCAGGUUUUAAACUUGCGUGCCACAGAUUUGAUCGUUCACAGCUGUAAUAAAUGGAGCUAAAUGUUG